AUGACGCUUUGGAGGUCGCUCCAGCUUCUGCUGCCGAAGAAAGGCUUCAUCAUACUGGCGGCGACGGCGGCGACGAAGCGUUGCCUGACGCAGCCGAUGCCGCGACCAAUGAGAGGCGCGCGGAUGGGAAGGCGCCGCGUUGCUAUUGGCGGAGCCGCCGCCACUCUGGGCUGCUUCGGCCUAUCAGCCUUUUCCCUUUUCUCCCAGGAAGCUGAGAAGGAAGAAGGGGGAGGAAAAGGAGGAGGAGAGGAGGAGCCAAAGGAAGUCAAGCAGGAAGAAGCCAUUAUCUUCCUGCUCAAAAAGGCCAAGCUCAGCAUCAUGAAGGGGGAGACGGAGGAGGCUGAGAGGAUCCUCCAUGAAGCGGCCCGGAUGGCGCAAAAGGCCGAAAACACGGCCGCCCUCAUCUACACCUAUGACACGAUGGCCAACCUGGCUUUGUCUCGAGGGCAAAUGGAGGAGGUAAGACUUGCCAAAGACGAGCAGCGCAACCAAAGGCCAAAUUCCCUUCUUUUGCAUCGUUUUUGUCUCGUUUUUCAGGCGGAAAAGCUGUUCAAAGCCACCAUGAGCCACCUCCUUGCAGGAAACAUGAAAGAAGAUGACAACGCCGUCCUCGAGAUCUCCCUCAAAUUGGCCAGUAUUUACGCUGCGCAGAAUCAGGACAAGUUGGCGUUGGCCGGCUACGAGUUCUGCAUCCUGACCCUGGAGGAGAAAGUGGCCCGGCAGAAAGACCAGCCUCCGGACUCUCUCCCAGAGGAAGAGCGGAAGGACACGCGUCUGCUGCUGGGCCUGAGCCUGGACUCCUAUGCGCGCUUCCUCUUGGCUCGGGGCCGAGCCUCCGCAGCGCAGAAGAUGUACAACCGGGCCUUGCGCAUUGCGGCCGAGGAGCAAGGAGAGGCCCACCCACAGACGGUGGUCCUGAUGAGCGACUUGGCCACGGCUUUGGACUCUCAGGGCCUCUACGAGGAGGCCUACGUCCAGGCAAAGAGGGCGGCCGAAUUGGCCAAAGAGACCGGACACCCCGAGGCCCACAUUGUGCUGAACAACCUGGCGGGGAUCCUGAUGCAUAAAGAGGAUUAUUCCGGAGCCAAAAGAGUCUACCAUGAAGCGCUGAAGCAAGCGGAGAAAAGUGGAGAUGACGUGACAGCUGAAUACAUCAGAAAGGAAUUACUGGAGCUGGCCAAAAGGAGGAAAAGGCGGUCGGAGUCAUCAAAAGAGAAGAGCAGAGAAGAGGCGGGAAGAGAGUGAAUGGGACACUUGUUCUACAUCUUAUUCUCAAGCUACCAUUUUUCACUUUGUAGAAAGGAAGAAGGAAAGAAGAGUGGAGCUCCAGAGACCUCAAUUUUCAUAAUUUUUAAACUGCCUUGCCUUUGAAGAAAGGAGGAAGGAGAGAAGAGUGGAGCUCCAGAGACCUCAAUUUCAUAGUUUUUAGAGGAAGGAGAGAAGAGGGGAGCUCCAGAGACCUCCAUUUUCAUAGUUUUUGAACUGACUUACCUUUGG